GGCAUCCCGUGUGAAGCCGGGGGAGGGAGCCUGCAAUAGUUACGGAGCCAGGAGUCCGGAGUGGCUGAGCUCGCAGAUUUCUCUCUCUCCCCCUCCCUGCAUCCUCCCCUCAGUCUAACGACCAGAGGAGAGUGGGCAGGCAUAUUACCUCCCAUCCCUCUCCGGGACCCUCCCCACCGUCCCAUCCGAGAGGAAAUGCCCCGAGCCCCCGACGGGAGAAGGUUUUGUGUUUGCUGCCGGAGACACGGGACUGCAGAGGGCGGAGAGAAAGUUCAGCAGCACAAAGUAGAUCAUGGCGUCCCCACAGCGAGCGGAGGAGUGAGAGGUCCCGGGGUGGACAAGAGGCAGCGUCGGACGGUACCAGGAGGAGAGGAAUGGUUGAGUGUUGCUUGGUCUGGUCCGUAGUGUGAAGGUCCUUGACGGAGUGAUGACCUCGGCUGCCCCGCAGUGAAAGGUGUGCCCCCCCCCUCCCCAUAAGGAGAAAUAACUUUGUCCCUCCCCACCCCACCCCACCCCAAACCCAGCCUCAACCCUCAACAUUAAUCUCAACCCUAAACCCUUCCUCAAUCUCAACCCUCAAAUUCAAUCGCAACCCUAUUCAACCUUACCUCACCUCACCUGAAACCCUACCUCCAUCUCACCCCCAAAGCUUUGCAUCAAACGGGACCUCCCGAGCCGUGAAGCGGAGGAGUCAUGAGGACCAGCGGGCUGCGGCCACUCGCCCCCUUGCUGCUGUUCUGGCUGCUGUCCACGGCCGCGCAAGGGGCGACGAGGAGGAGACUACUGAGACCCGGGAGCAGGGUUUCUCAGCCGGGGGGUAUCGCCACCACCACCGGCCGCCGGGUUACGGUGCAGAGAGACGAGGGCAGGUCGCUGUUGGGACGGACCAGGAGCUCCGGGAUCCCCAUGAGAAGUUCUCGACCCAGGAUGGUCAGGGGUAGGAGAGGUGGAGCCAGGAGCCGAAUGGCCCGUGUCUCAGCUUCGGCCACGCCCAGCUUGCUGUCCGGGAUGGUGGGCAGGCAGAGACUGUGGGUCAUCUCGGCCCCUCACCCGUCGGACGGCUACUAUAGACUCAUGCUCAGUCUACUCAAGGAGGACGUCUACUGCGAACUGGCGGAGAGGCACAUCGCCCAGCUGGUUCUCUUCCACCAAGAGGGAGAAGUGGCCGGCAAGCUCAGGAAGAUCACUAGCGAGGGGAAAAUCCUGGAGGAAUCCCUGGAUGCCAAGACCGUCCUCAAACUGAUGGACUUCCUUAAAAUGGAGCGAGGUAAAUUUAGCAUGGCCCUGCUGAAGAAGAACCUCCAGCUGGAGGAGACCUACCCCUACCCGGUGAGAUUGGAGGCCAUGUACGAGCUGAUCGAUCAAGACCCCAUCAGGAAAAUCGAGCGGUUGAGGCAGAAGGGUUUCGUGCAGAAGUGCAAGGAUGCUAGGGUAGAAGGGCAGGUGGCCGUGUCCGAGGGAGGGGAGAAGAAGAAGGUGGAGCAACCAAAGCCAACUCCGAAGCAGGAGAACACGGAGGUGACCGUGCCAAAGGAGAGAGCUCCCGAGAAGAAGAAGUCCACGGUGAGGAAGCCCUUUAGGAUAUCACUGAACACGCACGGUGGCUCUAAACUUGUCAGGACAACUAGUGCGCCCAGAGUAUCUACAACCAGUUAUUCUACAACUAUCACCACUACUAGACCAACCACCACCAGCACCACCACAGGCGUGCCCACCACUGCCGCCACCGAGAGACCAAGGUCUCACAAGGUCAUAUUUACUCCGCCGAGAUACCACAAACCUGAAACCCCUUUGAGACCCACAUCUGCGGCCAACUCGCACAACGCGGGCACUAAAUCCCCGCAGGAGCCCACCCCGGCAACGGCAACAACUAGACCACGGUACCCAAGGGUGCAGGCUGGCCGCCACAAGUACGGCAAGGCGGACAAGAAAGAAGGCAGCUAUCGCCAGAAGGGCCUCCCGGUGACACCAGGACAACGGCAGCCCACCAAAGCCAAGUCGCCCAAGUCCAAAACGACAAACAACAAGAUCCUAACAAAUGAGUACGUGGAUAAAUAUCAACCUGAGAAGACCUCGUCCCCCAACACGGGACAGGUGGUGCCCAGACCCCCGAAAGGUGGCAAGGAGCAGAAGAAGCCCAUCAAGGCUGAGAAAGCGAGAAAGCCAGUGAAGAACAAAAAGACAGGGACAAAGGUCAAACCCUUGACCAAAACCAAGCCCGCAAAGGAAAUUGCUCAGAAUAAUAAGCCCAAGAAGACGGUCAAGAAAGGGGGUUUUAAACAGCCGAAGAAGAUUCCAGGAAGAACAAAGUCCUUGGCAUCUGUUCUCCGUUAUUAUGAGAAUAGACGACGUCUCCUGUUUAUCUCCUCUCCAAAUGACCAAAGCAACAUGUACGAACAGCAGCGAGAUGAAUAUUUAGAGCACGUCUGCGAAAUGGCGUUAAGAAAAAUCACAAUCAUCACCCUUUUUGGACCUAUGAAUAACAGCACGAUUAAAAUUGACCAUUACCAGCUGGACAAUGAGAAACCAGUGAAAGAUAUAAGGUACAAUAACCUGGAUAAGCACCUCGUCACUGAACUUCGCAAAGAGUAUGGGUUGUCUGAGAACGAAUUCUUCAUGGUGCUAACUGACCUCGACAUGAAGGUCAAGCAAUUUUACGAAGUACCCAUAGCAAUGCAAGCCAUCUUUGAUCUGAUUGAAACCUUCACAACAAGGAUCAAAGAGAUGGAAAAACAGAAGAAAGAUGGAACACAAUGUAAGAAGGAAGACAAACCGAGGUCACUAGAAAACUUUUUGUCCAGAUUCCGCUGGAGAAGACGUUUAUUUAUUAUUUCUACCCCAAGUGACGAAGAAUGGGCAUACCAACAUCAGCUUUAUGCCUUAAACUCACAAGCUUGUAACCUGGGUUUACGUCACUUGGCUGUGCUGAAGAUGAUGGGUGUGGGCAUUGAUGUUGGAGGCGUUUUAGAACUCUUUCCUAUUAAUGGCACUGCAACUGUAGACCGCGAAGAACUCUCGCAAUCCUUGGUGAAAGACAUACGGGACUAUUUCCAGGUCAGCGCAGAGUAUUUCUCAAUGCUCUUGGUGGGCAAGGAUGGAAACGUCAAGUCCUGGUAUCCAACCCCAAUGUGGAACAUGGCCAUUGUGUACGACCUUGUUGACUCGAUGCAGCUCCGCCGGCAGGAAAUGGCGAUUCAACAGUCCCUGGGCAUGCGAUGCCCAGAAGAUGAAUAUGGAUACAGUUACCAUGGUUACCAAGAUGGAUACCAUCAGCAAGGUCACUAUGGUGGAUACCCUUACUAGAAUAAAAUAAAAUGCGGCAUUUUGAUUAGAAUGCUGCAAAAUCCAUGGACCAGGUUUUGUAAAACAUCCAACAUAUGCCAUUUGAGACCAAUUGGAGUUUUGUUUUUUAUAUAAUUACAGAACAUACUCUGCCAUAGUCAUCAGGGACAAAUGUCAAUUUUCAAUUACAUUUUGGACAUAUUGAAAGACUAAUCUCUAGAUCCUGUCGAUUUAAAGAACAAACAGUAGUAGCAGAAGCCAUACAGUUGUCAGCUUCUUUGCAAGAAAUAUCUUGCAGCUGAUACUUAUCGUGGAAUGUAUGUAUAUUCAUAAUUAGAGUUUUUUUGUUUGUUCUGCAUAUUUAUUGUGUAUUAAAAGGAGGAAGACGCAUCAAAUUUAAGGGAUUAAAUAGAUGGCCUCUGACUGUAUGAAAUAGACUUAAUCGGAAAUGUUCCUCUGAAUUUUCAAUCAACAGUCGUAUUUAUGCUGAUGCAAAGACAAUUUUGCAAAAAAAUACACCAGUCUUGGUAGCACCUGCUUUAGAUGUUAUUGAGAACUGCUGCAAUGGAAUGCAUGCAUGGAAUAGAAUGAAUUUUAUUGCAUGCAAAAGAUGCACAAUAUUUCAAAUGUUUGGAUUUGGCAUCAUACCCCUUAUACAUCAAUCUUUACAAAUACUAGUUAUUUUACCUAAGAAGGAAAUGUGCUUGCACUAUGAAAAUAUCAUCAUCAUCAAUUUGAAGGGCUGUAAGAAUGACAUAUCCUUGGCUCUGCAUUGCAUCUGACACACAUUUACAAAGACACAUUUGCAAGGCAUUGACUGAAUUGGAUAAUGCCAUUUAUUUUUCGAAUUAAACACUGUGGGCAAUUUGAGAUGGUCUCACAAAGCAUCAGGAGGCUGCUACACCCCUGUUCUGUGACACAGAUACAUCAUGACAAUAGAAAAUGCUGCAGUGCAUAUCAGGUCAGUCAGCAUCUGUGGAGGUAGAAACAGAUGCAACAGUUCAAGUCAUUCAGGUCUGAAGAAGGGUUUCGGCCCGAAACGUUGCCGAUUUCCUUCGCUCCAUAGAUGCUGCUGCACCCGCUGAGUUUCUCCAGCAUUUUUGUCUACCUUUGAUUUUCCAGCAUCUACAGUUUCUUCUUAAACAGUUCAAGUCAUUGACCUGAUUCCAUUUUACUUACCUGACCCACAGAAUAUUUCUAGCAAUGUUAUUUUUGUUUCACAUUUCCAUGGUAUUUUGCAUUUGCAUCAUUAAAACACAUUAUCUGGCUAA